AUGAAAACAAGGAUGUGAAGGCCAGAAGUACAGAAUUGUACUGUUGUCAGUUGUUUAGCUAAUGAAACAUCUUUCUAGACGAUAAAAGGGGUUUGAAAGUUGUGAGUUAAUAAAUAUAAGUGAUCUGGGAACAUUAUACAGCUCAUGUCAUUGUAAAGACUGAAAGUUUAUCCCUCACAAAUAUGAACUGACUAAGGUGUUUAUGUGUUUAUGUGAGUUAUGCCAGGCUGGAUUCAAACUGAGACAAGAUAUAACAAGUGUAGGAUGCACAACCUCAAGAGAAAGCAGUUCUAACAAAAACGGCCUGAAGUCAGUUGACACCUGAGACUGAUCGCACAGAAUCAACACUGACAGCUGCUGCUUAGAGCCCUAUCAGACUUCAGUUUUACUUCUACCACGAUGGCCUUGUUGAACGUUACUCUUCCCUGGAAUGUCUCUUUGGACCUCAACCACAGCUAUUUCAAAUCCAACCUCACAGAAUUAGAGGACACACAACCUAUGGAGAAGAACUGGCCAGCCCUGUUCAUUCUGGGGUUUAUUUUUUUUACUGUUGCUGGGAAUAUACUGGUAAUUAUGGCUGUGUCCAUCGAGAGAAAACUGCACAAUGCCACCAACUACUUCCUGUGCUCACUGGCCGUGGCAGACAUGCUGGUGGGAUUCCUAGUAAUGCCAGCCGCUCUAAUUAUUAUUCUUUACAAUAACACCUGGCCUCUCCCUGAACUGCUGUGUCCCUUGUGGAUCUUCCUUGACGUGCUCUUCUCCACAGCCUCCAUCAUGCACCUGUGCGCCAUCUCUCUGGACCGCUAUAUCGGCAUCCGUAAUCCAAUCAAAUACAGCCAGAGCAACUCACUUCACAAGACCAUGAUCAAAAUAAUCAGUGUCUGGACAGUUUCUGUAGUGUUGUCGCUGCCCAUUCCAGUAAUGGGUUUCCAGGACAAGAAGAAGGUGUUUGUAAAUAGCACUUGCACCCUGAAUGAGCCUCGUUUCGUCCUUGUUGGCUCAUCUGUGGCCUUCUUCGUUCCUCUGGUCAUCAUGGUGGUCUGCUAUUACCUUACUCUCCGUCAUCUCCAGAGGCACAGCGCUUCCUUCCCGCAAGAGAGCAGGAGCACCCCCAAACAUUUAUCUGUUCAGAGAAGUGUCACAAGUCUGCUGAACAGCAAGUCCUCCUCCAACAAGUCUUCACAAGGUCCACGAGGCCAAAGCAGACGCGGCAUGCUUCAGUCUUUGAACAAUGAGCGUCGAGCCUCCAAAGUCUUGGGGAUUGUCUUCUUUCUCUUCCUGGUCAUGUGGUGUCCGUUCUUCAUCACCAAUGUGCUGAUCGCCAUCUGUCAGGACAACUGCAGCGAGCAUCUCUAUGACCUCAUUCACUUUUUUGUCUGGGUGGGAUAUAUCUCCUCUGGAGUGAAUCCUCUGAUCUACACCCUUUUCAACAAGACGUAUCGACAAGCCUUUGCUCGCUAUCUAAGAUGUAAUAUCAUAAAGCUGUGCCACAGAAGAAGGCCCAGGCCAUAUGAUGAUAUUGACAAAGUUACAGCUUAAUGGUUAAAACUGAUCAAUAAUUGACUGGUCGAUUAAUUCACUGGUUGACCAUCUUGACCUACAUCUACAUAUUUC